AUGGCCAUUUCAGCCUUGCUUGCAAGGUAUGAAGUGAGACAUAGGACUGCUUUGCCUUAUCAUUCUCAAAGCAAUGGGCAAGCAGAAAAAUCAAACCGAGAGGUCAAGCUUAUUCUGGAGAAAACAGUUCAACAUUCAAGGAAGGAUUGGUCUAAGAAACUAGAUGAAGCGUUAUGGGCACAUAGUACAGCCUUCAAGACUCAUAUUUGCAUGUCGCCAUAUAAGUUAGUUUAUGGGAAGGCAUGUCAUUUACCGGUAGAGCUCGAGCAUCGAGCUUAUUGGGCCAUGAAAACUUUGAACGCAAAUUUGGCGGCUGCUAGAGAGAAAAGAAUGUUGAAACUUAAUGAGUUGAAAGAUUUUCGAAACGAAGCAUGUGAGAAUGCAAAAAUCUAUAAGGAACAGACCAAGAUGUGGCACGACACGAAUCUAGUAAAGAAAGAGUUUCAACCAAGUUAG